CACACGCUCUCCCGGAAGUGCCGCUGGCCGAGCGGCGCCGGGGGCGUGUCUCGAGACCUGCCCGCGUGUUGUUACCUGUAAACGCGGGAGGUUUGGCUCCGAAGCUGUCGCACUCGCUGUGGAGGCGUUUUAUCUUCUCUGGCAAGAGCUGUGAGCUUAUCCUACCCGCAGGCCCAGAAACGUGAGGCAGUUUCGGCCGUUGGUGCGGUGCGAUGGAGGUGGUGGAGGCCGCCGCCGCUCAGCUGGAAACCCUGAAAUUCAGUGGCACCGGCUUGGGGGUUGGGGAAGGUCCGACGGUGCCUGCCCCCGACUCCGCACCUACGCCAGGGCUGCGGUCGUGUGAAGGAUGCCCAGAGAGUGAGCCGGCUGUGGAGGCUCAGCCUCCCAGGGAGCAGCCGCCGCAGCCCGCCCUGAGCGCCGAGGCGGGCGAGAGCCCCGCGCCGCUGCCAGAAGUGGCGCCCCGAGGGGACUGCGUCACUGGCCUGGGUGCCGCGCUGCCGGCGGAGACCCUGAGCUGCCCGGAGACCUCCGACUCCGACAGUGAAACAGAUUCAGAUAGUUCAAGCUCCUCUUCUUCCUCAUCAUCUUCCUCCUCCUCAUCUUCUUCCUCUUGUGUAUCACUUCCUCCCGUGCUGUCUGAUGGAGAAGAAGAUUUACAAGUUGAGAAGGAAAGCAAGAGUUUUCCUCUUAAAACAAAAGAUGAGUUACUUCUUAAUGAACUACCUUCUGUUGAAGAACUCACUGUUAUUUUGCCUGAAGAUAUUGAAUUGAAGCCUCUUGGAAUGGUUUCAAGUAUUAUUGAACAAUUAGUAAUAAUUGAAUCUGUGAGUAACCUACCUCCAGUUAAUGAGGAGACUGUAAUUUUCAGAAGUGAUCGACAAGCAGCAGGAAAGAUAUUUGAGAUAUUUGGACCUGUUGCACAUCCAUUUUAUGUGUUGCGGUUUAAUUCUUCAGACCACAUUGAAAGUAAAAGUAUUAAGAUAAAGGAGACUAUGUAUUUUGCUCCAUCAAUGAAAGAUUUUACCCAGUAUGUUUUCACAGAAAAACUUAAACAGGAUAGGGGAUCAGACGCAUCAUGGAAGAAUGAUCAGGAACCGCCACCGGAUGCAUUGGAUUUCAGUGAUGAUGAAAAAGAAAAAGAAGCCAAACAGAGGAAAAAAUCUCAGAUUCAAGGUCGGAAAAAACUAAAAUCCGAGUUUAAUGAACCAGGUGAAGAUUUUGCUGAAGUACAUCAGAAUUGGAAUGCUUAUAGCCCUUCUUCAGAGCAUGCAAAAGGUUAUCACAGCAGAGAGUUCGCACGUGGAUUUUCCAGAGCCAGAUACCCUCGACCUGGCCGCAGCAGGCCUCCACCUCAGCAGUUUUAUAACUCAGAACAUAUGGUAUCUCAGGAGGCUGCUGGAUUUCCACCGCAGAGACAAGAGAGUCCUCUGAUGCCGCAGUACCCAUUUCCUCCUCCGAUGUUUGACAUGCACAACUUUGCACUCCCACCACCACCGCCUCCACCACCGCCACUGCCCCCAUCUGUCAGCAUGGGGUGGGCUGCACCCAACAUGGCCCCUCAUCCAGUGCUUAACCUGCCCUACUCCCUGCCCCCGCCUCCUCCUCCUCCUCCACUGCCUCCCCCACCCUCUCCCGCAGAUAGUAGUGCUUCUCAUUUUGGACCUUACUAUUAGGGGCAUGCAUCAUUCCCAGACAAAUGUGGACUUUUCAUAGUAUAUAUGUUAAGGUUCUUGUGUUUUUAAGGAAAAGAAAGUAAUUAUGGGGCUAGAUUUUUACAAACACUGUAAAAUACUAAGUGAUUCAGUUGUAAGUUGAUAUAUAUUUGUAACUUUUGUGAAAUUGUAUUCAUAUGGAAAUUUUAGCUCAAGUUCUUGGGAGUAAAUCCAAUUAUGUAAUACAGUUUUUAAUUAAAACUUUGAAUCAUGCUUUCCUGUACUCCCACCCAUGAAACAGUAUAUAUAGGAAUGGAUAUGGAGCACGUUCCAUCAUCAUUAAAAUACAUUGAACACUGAUUGCCUUUUCUGGUAAAAUCUGCAAAUGAGAUGUUGAAGUCCUAUUCAGAGUCCUUAAAAUAAACUAUUUUUAUAAUAUACUUUCAGAAUUUAUUUUGAUUAUAAGUGCAAUUUACUAGUAAUUAAACCUCUUUUUUAAGCAAGUAAAAAGUAUAGAGGAGAAAAAACAUAUAUUGUUAGAAUC